GACCACGCGUGAGAGCAGCCGGUGAAGACCUUUAACAGACAGAGACUCCAGCUGAGAACCGAACUCACCCGAACUCACCCGGACUCACCCGAGCUCAGACCGCAAGAUGAGAGAAAUCGUGCACAUCCAGGCGGGACAGUGCGGGAACCAGAUCGGGACCAAGUUUUGGGAAGUAAUCAGCGAUGAGCACGGCAUCGACCCUGCGGGAGACUACGUGGGCGACUCGUCUCUCCAGCUGGACCGGGUCAACGUCUACUACAACGAGGCGUCCUCACAUAAAUACGUCCCCCGGGCCGUGCUGGUGGACCUGGAACCAGGAACCAUGGACAGUGUUCGCUCAGGAGCCUUCGGACAACUCUUCAGACCCGACAACUUCAUCUUCGGUCAGACAGGUGCUGGGAACAACUGGGCCAAAGGUCAUUACACGGAGGGGGCGGAGCUCGUGGACUCGGUCCUGGACGUAGUGAGGAAGGAGUGUGAGCACUGCGACUGUCUCCAGGGUUUCCAGCUGACGCACUCCCUGGGGGGGGGCACCGGCUCAGGCAUGGGCACCCUGCUGAUCAGUAAGAUCCGAGAGGAGUACCCCGACCGGAUCAUGAACACCUUCAGCGUCAUGCCCUCCCCGAAGGUGUCGGACACGGUGGUGGAGCCGUACAACGCCACGCUGUCCGUCCACCAGCUGGUGGAGAACACAGACGAGACCUACUGCAUCGACAACGAGGCGCUGUACGACAUCUGCUUCCGCACGCUGAAACUCACGACCCCGACCUACGGGGACCUGAACCACCUGGUGUCGGCCACCAUGAGCGGCGUGACCACCUCGCUCCGGUUCCCCGGGCAGCUCAACGCCGAUCUCCGCAAGCUGGCCGUCAACAUGGUCCCUUUCCCUCGACUCCACUUCUUCAUGCCGGGGUUCGCUCCUCUGACGGCGAGGGGCAGCCAGCAGUACCGAUCCCUCACCGUCCCCGAGCUCACCCAGCAGAUGUUCGAUGCCAGGAACAUGAUGGCGGCCUGCGACCCUCGGCACGGGCGCUACCUGACCGUGGCCGCUGUCUUCCGCGGGCCCAUGUCCAUGAAGGAGGUGGACGAGCAGAUGCUGAACGUCCAGAACAAGAACAGCAGCUACUUCGUGGAGUGGAUCCCCAACAACGUGAAGGUGGCCGUCUGCGACGUGGCUCCCCGGGGGCUCAAGAUGGCCGCCACCUUCAUCGGCAACAGCACGGCCAUUCAGGAGCUGUUCAAGAGGAUCUCCGAGCAGUUCUCUGCCAUGUUCCGCCGAAAGGCCUUCCUGCACUGGUUCACGGGCGAGGGCAUGGACGAGAUGGAGUUCACGGAGGCGGAGAGCAACAUGAACGACCUGGUGUCCGAGUACCAGCAGUACCAGGACGCCACCGCCAACGAUGGAGAGGAGGACUUUGAGGACGAGGAGGACGAGGUCAACGAGUGAGGCGACGGGUGAAGAUCUGAAGAACGGUCAGAGUGAUGUGAACACUCGUCAAACGACUGAUAAAUGAUUCUUUUGGAAUAGUUAUAAUAUUGUCAGCAGCUGAAAAACUCUGGACACUGACCAAGAAAUCCUAAAGACUUUUAUUCACUAGAAUCCCACCAACAGAGGGCGCUAGUUUCUCUCCACACUAACCACAGUCAUUCUUUGUGCCUGGAUGUCAGACUCUGACCACAAGGGGGCGUCAGAUCAGUAAACACUCGUGUGUUGUUUUAUUGUUAUUGUCACGUCAGUUUUUGUAUUAUAAAGAAAACUAUGUGUUAAACAACAACCAGGAGUCGUAUGUUCACAAGAUGCUAAAACUCUAAAGUGGAACAAUUUUUUUUUCUUCAAAACCAGCACAUUGUUUACAGAAUCCUAACACUCUGUUCUGUUUGAGUGUUUUUGGACACGUGAGGAAGUCGUGA